AUGCAUGCCAUCGCAGUCACCCAAUACGGUCCAAUCUCCAAUCUAAAAGCAAUCAACCUCCCACCUUGCGCAGACCCACAAGGCUACGACAUAGUCGUUCGCGUAAAAGCUUGUUCUGUAAACCCAGUCGACACCAAAGUCCGAGCAGGAACCUACGAUGACUACCCAGACUACUAUGACCGAGCCCCUAGUCUACCGCAAAUCCUCGGCUUUGACGGCGCUGGCCUAGUCGAGAGCGUGGGCUCUGAAGUUGCACACUUCAAGCCUGGCGAUCAAGUUUACUACUCCGGCUCGCCCAUCCGCCAGGGAAGCAAUGCAGAGUUUCAGCUUGUAGACUCACGCGCAGUCGCGCUCAAACCGAAGAGCUUAGACUGGGGCCAGGCUGCCGCUAUGCCCCUAACCUGGAUCACAGCCUACGAAGCCCUGGUUGAACGAAUGGAGAUUCAGCGCGGGGAAAAUGCAGCCAUUCUCAUCAUCAACGGCGCAGGUGGUGUCGGCAGCGUCGCCAGCCAGAUUGCGCGCCAUGUCCUCAAUCUGCCCGUUGUAGUGACCACGGCAUCAAGGGACGAAACAGUCAAGUUUUCAAAAGACGUCGGGGGCGCUACACAUACCAUCAAUCACCACGACAACAUUCCCACCGAGAUCGAGAAGCUCAAACUAGACGUUCCUAUCAAGUACAUCUUCAUCACGCACACACCAACAUCGGGCUACCUCGCUCCUGCAGCAAAAAUCUGCGCCCCUUUUGGAAAAGUCUGCUCGAUUGUUCAAGACAAGGAAAUGCCCAUGUAUUCUACAGAGUUCAUGGCAAAGAGUCUGGCUUUUGUUUGGGCCCUGUUGGGCACUAAGCCAUAUUACGGCGUUGAUGUCGAAAGCCACGGCAAGAUAUUGAAGGAUUUGGCCAGGAUGCUAGACGAGGGAACGAUCAAGUGUCAUUGUAUGCACAAGCUCAAGAUGGAUGCCGAGGGAGUGAGCAAGGCGCAUGAGAUUAUUGAAGGCGGCAAGGCCGUUGGCAAAGUAGCGCUGGAGUUCUGA